AUGGAUUUAACUAGUUGGAAGACAGCAAGAUUAAUGAGAGCCAUUACUCAAAAGACCUUCAAAGUAAUAUGUUGGUUGACCAAUAUCUCUAUCGUAGUGUUUCUAAUCAUUGGAUGGACCGUCGUGCUUCUAGUGUCAAUUUUUUUGACCUUGGGUCGUUUCGAAAUUGUGGACAAGACCACCAAUACCAUUGUUAAUAUUUGUUGUCUCCUCAUUGUCACCAUUCUCUUCGUCAUUGAUACCAUUUCUGUGACUACUUCAGGAAUUUUAGUGAUGCGUACCAUUCGACGAACGGCAAGCAAAGUCAAAGACACAGUAGCUCAACAAAAAGCUAAAAAUCCGUUUGUCAUUACCAUUGCCUUAAUGAUUGGUCUUAUUGCUUGUGUCUUGUUGCAAAUUAUUGCAGCGGUCAUUGCUUCAGCCAUUGUCUUGGUCGAUGAACGUUUCAAAGUGUUGUGGCAUUUUGUCAAUUGUUUAGGAAUAUUAAUUUUCGCCACAUUGACCUUAUUGUUAUUUUACCCAAUGUUUGUUCAGACAGACAAAGUCAUGAAAGAGUUACAUUUGGAUGAUACCAAAUCGAAUAUUUCGAAUUAUUCUGGAACUGCGCAUGGUGAGAUUCCUAACUCUCCAAUCAAAACAAGUCCUUAUCAUAAAUCCAUGCCUAGAUUUUCUGGCUUGGCUGAUAAUCAACAAGAGGGAUUGUCACUUGUCAUUUCAACGGAGGUUGCAAGAUUGACACCCAUGCCACACCCACUAUCUGUUCCCACGAGCGUAGUAGUUGUGGAAGAUUCGAAUACAAAGGCAAGUGUCGAGUCCUCAUCAUUUGCUGCUCAUUCCACAACUGUGACUGCUGUAAGCACUACUGGUACAGAUGAAAGAACCUUAAUGACAUCGUCUCCAAUGGAAGCAAGUAGUGGUAACAAUCUCUCUUCAGAAAUGACUAUUAUUUAA